AUGCCGGCGGCGGCGGGCGAUGGGCUCCUGGGCGAGCCGGCGGCGGUGGCGGCGGGCGCGGAGGGGCGGCGGGCGGCGGCGGACGGGGGCUCGUUCCUGGCCGCCUGGCUGAGCGCGGCGGCGCCCCGGGAGCGGCUCCGCGACUUCCAGCACACCAAGAGGGUCGGCAACUACCUGAUCGGCAGGAAGCUGGGCGAGGGAUCCUUCGCCAAGGUCCGCGAGGGGCUGCAUGUGCUCACCGGAGAGAAGGUGGCAGUGAAAGUCAUUGACAAGAAAAGAGCCAAAAAGGACACCUAUGUCACCAAGAACCUGCGACGGGAAGGGCAGAUCCAGCAGAUGAUCCGCCACCCAAACAUUGCUCAGCUGCUGGAUAUCCUGGAGACCGAAAACAGCUACUACCUUGUCAUGGAGCUGUGCCCUGGGGGCAACUUGAUGCACAAGAUUUACGAGAAGAAGAGGCUCGAGGAGCACGAGGCGCGCAAAUACAUCCGGCAGCUCAUCCUGGCGGUGGAACAUCUCCACCGGGCAGGGGUGGUCCACAGAGACUUGAAGAUAGAAAAUCUGUUGCUGGAUGAAGACAACAAUAUCAAGCUCAUUGACUUUGGAUUGAGCAACUGUGCAGGCAUCCUGGGUUAUUCUGAUCCCUUCAGCACCCAGUGUGGGAGCCCAGCAUAUGCAGCCCCUGAACUUCUGGCAAGGAAGAAAUACGGGCCCAAAAUAGACGUUUGGUCCAUUGGGGUGAACAUGUAUGCCAUGUUGACUGGAACGCUGCCCUUUACCGUGGAGCCGUUCAGCUUGAGAGCCUUAUACCAGAAGAUGGUGGACAAAGAGAUGAACCCUUUUCCCACCCAGCUCUCUUCAGCUGCCAUAAACUUCCUACGAUCUCUGCUGGAGCCAGACCCUGCAAAGAGACCAAACAUCCAGCAGGCCCUGGCAAAUCGAUGGCUCAACGAGAAUUACCCCGGAAGAGCACCACCAAAUGUCACCUAUCCAAACAGGAUUCACCUGGAGGACCUCAGCCAGAGUGUGCUGCUCCACAUGACUGAGAAGCUGGGCUACAAGAACAGCGAUGUCAUCAACACCGUGCUCUCCAACAGGGCCAGCCACACGCUCGCCAUCUACUUCCUGCUCAAUAAGAAGCUGGAGCGUUACCUGGCCAGCCUGAGGAAGGCUGAAGGCCAGGACAAUGUUUUCCACAAGAACCAGCUCUACCAGAUAGAAAAAUACAAGGCAAAUAAAGACUCCUAUGAGAUCCAGAACACCAAGGCUCUGCUGAAGGACCGGAAAGGUGCCAAGGCCGGGGCUCCUGAGAAAGACUCCAGCGGAGGGGUGAGCCCUUUCCACGAACCCCUGGCGACCAAGACAGGCUGUGUCACUUCCAGCUCCCUGGAGUACCUCGAGGUCCAGCAGCCACCCCCCAGGACCCCUCGGCUCCUCAAGAGGCAGGAAUCUCCCCCGCAGCAGGAGCCGGCCCGGAGCGGGGGCCGAGCCAAGGACUCCCCCCUCAUCCUCAACAUUGUGCACUCCUUCGAGUCAGUUGACAGAGAGGACCAAAUAGACCAGGUUUCCCCCUCUCACCAGUACAGAAUUUUAGGCUCCCCAAUGAAUUUCCCCUACAAAAGCUCCAGUGAAAGGACACUGUCCCCACUUUUCCCCCCGGGGAGCACGUCCCCCGUCCACCCCACCCAGGUCUCUUUCACCUACGAGGAGAAAGUGUAUCCAGCGAAGGAAGAAGCCGUGUCCCCCACCCAGCUGGUGUCCAACAACCCCCUGGGCAGCCCCAACUGUGUGAAAAGCAGGGGCAGGUUCCCCAUGAUGGGGAUCGGACAGAUGCUGAGGAAGAGGAGCCAGACGAUGCAGUCGGCCAGCGAGAAGCCGCUGGAGGCCAGGAUGCCUCAGCUGCAGCAGAUGAGCCCCACCCAGAUUUCCUUCAGCACAGCAGAUGCUGUCAGCGGCCAGUGUUAGCCUGACAUCCUGGGAUUUUCUCUGCUCUGCUCUGGGAUCUCACCUUUUUCCACUUUAAACAAGAAGGGAAAGCCACAGGCAUGUUACUGUCGCUGCGGAACACACCACAGUGCUCCAGCAGGAAACCAGAGGUUUGCUCGUAAGGAAGGCGUUGUCCUACAUAUUGAAGUUGAAAGAAAAGGGCUCUGCUCCUGCUGUUAAGAAAUAUUAGCAUUUGGCACCCGACUGUACAGUAAAACAUGUCCUGAAAGAGCCACGUGAGUGUGUAUUUUCACAGCUCUCACCUGGUGUUGCAGCAGGGCUGGUUGGAGGCGCCGAGGGUUUGGUUUCCUCAAGGUGAUCUGUGUGGUGCCAGGAAUGCCAGUUCCGUCCAGGAUCUGUGGUAAGACUGUCCCUGCUCCUCCUGCCUGUGGCACUACUCAGGCAUUGGUCACGGGGUGGGCAAGAGGAGAAACUCCAGGUACUCUGUCCAAAGUCAGCUCGCUUACGAGCACUGCCGAGGAGAUGAAGGUGCUUUGAGCUUGAAUGAAGACACAAGUGAUUUAAACGUUCAGAAAAAGUGGGAAUGGUGGAAGUCAAAGCAGAUUUUACUGUUGGUUGCAUAAAGGAGCUAAAAACAGAAUAAUUUUUUUCCCUAAAAAUCCCCACUGAUUUAAUCACCUCACUCACAAGAAAGAGGAUUGUUUAAAAACAAGUGUUGUCAUGUGGAAAUUCACCUCACUAAAGGCCUGUUCCUUUCAUAUGAUGGGUCUGCAAGAAGAUGCUUCAAACAGAAAUCCAGAUUGCAGAAGGCUGUGUUUGAACAACCCAGCCCACACCUGCAGUAGUCCCUAUUACAGCAAGGCAGCUUUGGACACACCUGAAGGCUUCUCUGAGAGACUGCAGUGAAUUAAAAUGGCUAAUAAAGGACACAUGAACCUGUACCAAGGUUGUUUUAUACUCCAGGAUUGGUAAUGCAGUGGUUACCAAAAAUUGGGUGUUAUUAUGAGCAGUGAAAAUUAACUUUCUUAAGAGACACCAUGUCCUGUGUACUGGUCAUGUUUUUCUAAGUAAACAAUACAUCUGAGAGGUUGGCAACAUUUUUUUUGGUUCUGUUUUUGUCUUCAACCCCAUUACCUAUAAAUUAGAAGGUUUAGCCCUAUUUACAACCAUAUUUUUGCAAACAAUUUUGUUGCCCCCUUGGUUUGGUGUCCAGGCAAAUGCUGAGAGUGAGAGUUACCCCUGUUUGAGGUGUUUUCCUUCCAGUUUCAUGAGUAAGAUGUUCAGGGGCUGCGGCAGAGGAAAGGGAGGAGGUCCCCAGCAGAUCCCACAGCUGAGCAUGUGUUCCUGGUUUGCAGCAUAACACGGGUCUUACACCAAAGUCUGCAUCCCAAAAGGAUGAGAAAGACAGCCCUGAAAUAAUUUUAUUCAUUUUCACAUCAAAAAAUGUUGUAUUCUGUUUGUACAGAGCACCUGUGUAUCCCAGGGGGGUCCAUUUUAGCUCUUUUCAUUUAGAAAUGUCAAAGCAUUGUCAUUUCUUUCAUGCUAUAUAUAAGAACAUAUCUGUGCUGCCAAGGCAGCGAGCAGGGACCACUGAGAUCAGGGACCACUGAAAUCCCACCUUUUUUGUGUGCCAGACUCACAUACCUGAACAGAUGGCAGAUGCUGACUUGAAUUGCAAACUCAGGUUUAUUUGGAACCCAAUAAAAAGGUUGGGGGAGGCAGGAAAGAGACCCGUAUUUUUUGUGAAGACCCAGUAAAUAUGUGUAAGAAUCAGAAUGAAAGCAAAUGUUAAAUCUUUUAUUAUAUUUAUAGAGAAUAUAUGAGUACUACACUGCUAAAACAUAACCAUGUAUCCAGCGUAGACAGUAGCUCUGUACAGUCCAACUGCAGUGACCACAGAAGGGACUUCCUGAAAUGCCACAGUGGAAAUUCCAGGGGGAAAAACUGUAUUUGGUAUCAUUAUUAAAUACAUGUACUUUUUGGACAAGA